GUCAUACUUAAGAUGAAGAUCGCACUCCCUCUUCGGCAGGGUCCAAGCCAGGACCCUGCAGGUUUUGCCAGGGUGUAUAUCAAUUUCAGUGCAUGCUCUAAUCUACUUGCUUGAUUUUGAGUCUAGUAUCCCACAGACCACCUGACUUCCCACCAUGACAAAUACUCCCCUCGCUACGAAACCAGCGGUGGCUGCACCUCCCGCUCGGCCCCCAGUGAUCCCUUUGAUCAUCAAUGGAAAGGAGGAAUUAGCAGAGUCUACAUUCGACGUAGUCAGCCCCUACACCAACGAGCCUUGCUGGGCAGCUGCCUCGGCCUCCCCACAGGAUGCCAUCCGCGCCGUGGAGGCAGCAGAGGCGGCGUUUCCGGCGUGGUCGCAGACCAAACCCACCCUGCGGCGGGACAUUCUCCUGAAGGCGGCCGACAUUCUGGAAAGUCGUCUCGAGCAGAACGCGGAGUACAUGCGGACGGAGAUGGGCGCAGAUGUGGGUGCGUCGCAGUUCUUCAUCGUUCCACUCGGGAUUCGCAUGCUCAGGGAUAUCGCGGGGCGCAUCACUUCCAUUUGUGGCAGUGUGCCCGUCGUCGAGGAAGAGGGUCAAAGUGCGAUGAUCUACAAGGAGCCCAUGGGGGUCAUUCUGGGUAUUGUACCUUGGAACGCCCCGUACGUCUUUGGCGUUCGUGCAGCCGCCUGCGCGCUCGCUGCCGGUAACACAACUAUCCUUAAAUCCUCCGAGGCCACUCCCUGCAGCUACUGGGCGCUGGCCCGUGCGUUCGUGGAUGCAGGCGUGCCAGCCGGCUGCUUCAACCUAAUCUCCUGCCGGCAGCAGGAUGCCCCUGCGGUGGUCAACACCAUGGUUGAGCACCCGGCGGUGCGCAAAAUCAACUUCACCGGCAGCACGGCGGUGGGCCGAAAGCUUGCCGCCGUCUGUGGGCAGAACCUCAAGCCCUGCUUGAUGGAGUUGGGCGGAAAGAACAGUGCCAUCGUGCGCGCGGAUGCCAACAUUGAGACCGCCGUGAAGGGCGUCCUAGCGGGUGCUUACCUCAAUUCGGGGCAAAUCUGCAUGUCCACGGACCGCAUCCUUGUGCACUCCUCCAUCGCCCCGGCUUUCAUCGAUGCGCUCAAGGGGGCGCUUAACUCUAAUCUUGAUUCCUCGUCCCCUCCUCCGACGCUGGUCAACAUAGCUUCCAAGAAGCGGGUCGAACGGCUGGUCUGGAAUGCACUUGAAAAUGGCGCCCAGCUGCUUUCUGGCUCGGUAGAUGAGGAGACGACCCGGGUUGGAGGUGGUGUGCGCAUGCCCCCAAUCCUUCUCAGCGAUGUAACGGAGAACAUGGCCGUGUGGCAAGAAGAGGCUUUUGCUUCUUUGGCAGCCUGUAUGGUCGUGGACAGCGACGAGGACGCCAUUCGCCUGGCGAAUAACAGUGGGUAUGGGCUGUCCGCGGCGGUGUUCACGGAAGACCUGCGCAAAGGUCUGGCGAUGGCCCGGAAGAUUCAAUCAGGUGCCGUCCACAUCAACAGCAUGACUGUCCAUGACGAGCCCGUGCUUCCCCACGGCGGAGUGAAGAACAGCGGAUGGGGCCGUUUUAACUCAUCCCAAGGGCUGGAGGAAUUCCUUGUCACCAAGAGCGUGACUUGGAUGGACUAGAACCGGUGUAAAAGCAAGCAAGCAAGAUCCAAGCGAUCAGAUGUACUGUACAUAGAACCUCUUCUAGCGCGGUGUGUGCAUGAUAUCCCGACCGCCGUGAGCGACGAACCUGACAUUCUUUGC